AUGCCAUCCUACGUGGCGCUCUCGUACUGCUGGGGCGACCCCAGCAACAGGGUGGAGAUCAUCGUAUCGGACUCGAAAGUAUCUGUGACUACUAGCCUCGAGACAGCAUUACGCCGCCUCCGAAGGGAGGGUUCAUUGUCUGUCUGGGCGGACGCUCUCUGCAUUAAUCAGGCGGACGUGGUGGAGAGGAGUCUCCAGAUCCGUCAGAUGCGUGCGAUUUACUGCCGAGCAAAGUGUGUUUUGUCGUGGUUGGUGGAUUGGAGCGGCUGGGAAGCUUCUGUAGCGAGUGUUAAGCGACUUUCGACCGCCUUUAUCGCUCUCGAGGACAAUGACGCUGUCCCGCAAAGAGUGGUGGACUGCGUCAACUGGUUGGACCUAGCCUCGCUCUUCCACCAGCCAUACUGGACGCGGGCUUGGGUAGUCCAAGAAAUGGCCGUGGCGGCGGAGCUCAAGAUUCUGUGCGGCGACGUUGGUCGGAUAACUCUAGGAAGCGUUAAUGACGCCGUUGAAGCAUGCAAGAGAAUGGCUGGAUGCCCAUCUGCUUACGCUUUUCUCGAGAAGUAUCCGUGCGACUAUAUAGGCCAACUUCACACGUUGCGAGUGCAAACCCUGAGUGCCGAGCCUGUCAAGCUCAUCGACAUUCUAUCUCGGAUGUGCUCAAGUCGCAGCUCAGAUAUCCACGAUAAGGUAUUCGCAUUCCUUGGUCUAGCUUAUGAUGCGAACACCUUACUACCUUCCCCUGCGUAUGCACAGUCUACGUAUGUCAUUAGUCGCGAGAUGACCCUUACAACUAUCAAGCUAAUGAACUCUCUCGACUUUCCGGUAUUGUUCGCCAGGAAGGAGGCUUCAGCGGCAGCGACUGUGGGCUCAGUUGCGUCUGUCAAUGAGAGACCUAAUGAAGGGCCUGACAAGGAGGCAAAACCAUCUUGGGUACCGGAUUGGUUCCAUGCAGCCACUUGGGCUGACGAUCGCAAGGACCGAUACAUCCUCCGCCGGGAUCUCUUCUUGGAUGAGAGGAAUUCCGAAAGUACUAUCGCCGUUUGGAAGGCCACUUCUGGGUCCACGCCAAGAUAUCGUAUCGUUGACCAGGUUCUUACAACCAGAGGGAUUGUGUUCGAUAGAAUAGCAUACAUCAGUACUGUAUUUGGGGAGGCGACAACACCUAUAUUUCCGAUGCCUCUCUUCUCUUCCAAGCCGUGUUUGAUGGAACAGCCUCGUAAUUCUAUGACGCCCCCUUUACUAGUCUUAGAGGAGCAUAUAAAAGAGUUGUGGGAACGGAAUCGAGCUAAGGGCGCCUUCACCCCUAUGGUCAAUUCCUUACUAUUUUGGCUCCUUGUGGGAUUUAUUUCCUCUUCGCCGUCGGUGGGAGCUUACGGUAGUGGACUGAAUUUUCGAGAAUUGCACUUCGCACACCUGUCGUAUUUCGAUUUAUUCGUCGCGCGUACUUCUGGAGUCGCGUACGGUAGGAAGGUGGAUGAAAUUCGUCAAUGGUUGGCAACAAACGGGCAACUCGCGAUUGGCGGCGCCAGAUUUUGUGAUCUGCUCCGUCAUUCGAAGCCUAUACGUUACGGAUGGCUGAUCACCGAGGAUGCUAGAAAGAUGGAUAAUAGGGUCUUGGAGUAUGUAUACGCAAUUCUCAGCCAGGGCAGGCGCCUGGGAACUACGUGUGCCGAUCGGAAUAGUGUUACGAAUUUCGAAUUUCUAGUGGGAUGGGUUCCAGAGAACGCCUCCACGGGAGACUCGGUGGCUUUGCUGGUGGGGUGUUCGGUCCCUGUCAUCCUUCGACGACGGCCAGCGGGAGGGUAUUGGAUAGUAGGGGAUGCCCAUUUUCCUACGACUAUGUACGGUGAGGCCGCCAAGGACAUGUACACUUGGCAGAACAUUGACCUUUACUGA